CCGUGACGCCUCAGAGCAAGGCAUCAACGACUCUGUUAGCACCGCGUAUCGAUCCCGAAUAUCAAUCCUGCUUAUCGAUCCCGGAGGGUUUGACGACCCAGGAGGGCUUAUGGUGGGGACGUCCGGUAGAAUGAUGAUGGAAUAUAUGGAGGAUAAGUUCGCACUGAAGAGCCAGGCCAUGAAGGGCGGCGAGUACUACCUGGGUCCCGGGGCCGCGCUGGACCAGGUCAUGGACGGCCUGGAGGCCGGAGUUCAGCAGUACUACAGCAAGGGGGCCGGCGAGCAGCAAGCCGGGCUGGAGCGGGCCUCGCCCUGCGAAGAUGUGAGCUCCUACUCCUCCAAACCGGAGGAUGAUCCCCUACACCGGGAGAUGGGCAGGACGAUGGACAGCUGCUGCAACAUGCGCGGAGGAUCCCCGGGGGCUCUGGGGGGCCCCGACAAGAUGGCGGACCUCGACGAUCUCGGAGACGGCAAAUGUGACAGUAACGUCUCGAGCAGCAAGAAGCGGCGGCACCGGACCACGUUCACGAGCGCGCAGCUGGAGGAGCUGGAGAAGGUGUUCCAGAAGACGCACUACCCAGACGUGUACGUCCGGGAACAGCUGGCGAUGAGGACGGAGCUGACUGAGGCCAGGGUGCAGGUUUGGUUUCAGAACAGGAGAGCGAAGUGGAGGAAACGAGAGCGUUACGGACAACUUCAGCAAGCCAAGACGCACUUCGCGACCACCUACGACCUGUCCGUGCUGCCCCGAGCAGACUCUUACGCACAGAUCCCCAGUAACCUGUGGGCAGGCGGUGGUCCGAGCGGGGGGGUGGUGCCGUCCCACUGCGUGCUCCCUCGCUCCUCUCCCCCCUGUGGCGUCUCCUCCUACCCCCCCCAUGCGCCUCCCCGCUCCUCCUCCUCCUCCUCCUCCUCGGUUGGCGGUGGUGGCGGCUGUGGCGGCGGCGGCGGCGGGGCCUCCGUGGACCACGGGGGCUACGUGGGCUUCCCCAACCAGCAGAACCAGUUCGGACACGUUUCCCUCAACAACUUCUUCAGCGCCGACUCCCUGCUGGGCCCCGCGCCCGGGGGGGGGCACCACGUGUUCGAGACCAAACCCGAGUUCGAGCGACGCUCGUCCAGCAUCGCCGUGCUGCGCAUGAAGGCCAAGGAGCACGCCGCCAACAUCUCCUGGGCCAUGUGACCGGGGGUUGGGCGCCGUCCCGGGAAUGCUUGGCAUGGGACAGGAACAAGAACUUGAGCGCGUUCCAUUUGGCUCAUCCCAGAGCUGGGGAAUUGCACAAUCUCGGUGGAUGAAAAACAAACAGAGAGGCAGAAACUUUGGCCCAGACAGAGAAGAGUGAGUCCACCAGAGCACAGACCACUUAGGAUCUCCAAAGGUGCCUGGUGUCGUUACCGCGCUGACGCUAUCAUUAAUAGGAUAAUUGUUGGAAGUUAUUUAGAAUAGUCUUAUUUAGAACAUUUUUUAAACUUCCAAGGCAGCGUCAAUCCUGGAGACAGACACUGCCUUGGAAGUUUAAAAAAUGUAGCCCUACACAUUUCAUCCAUACCCCAGAUGUUGAGACCAACCUGAUGAUUCAAUAAACCCUGGCGGAUGUUUAGCAUGUUGGGCUAGCAUGUUGCAUAGAUCGCUCUUCAGACUGGAGAUGUAUUUCAUUGAAAAAGAAAUCCGGCCAAAUUCUAAGGAUCCAAUCCAACUAUCGCUACAAACUUCAUUUGGAAGCAAAGAUAAGAUAAGAACAGAAAACAUUAACGUUUGAACUCACACCACGUGUUUUCUUAGCGGGAAAUUCCCACGAAUCCGAUGAACCGUUAAACUCUAAUAAACCUUUAAAUAUAUCACCUCGGGGAAAAAAAGCGAAACCAUGAAUAACGAAAAUAAUUCCGUCCAACAGUUAAAUCACACCGAUAGCACUCUCUCAUUUCUCGUUAUUUAAAGGCUUUGUUGUGAAACUUGGUCGUUCCGAAGCGUCUCGGCUCGAUCUUGAACCCGAGGAGCCUGGACUCUUCAUCCUGUACCUCCGUGUGAGAACAAAGAUGUGCAGGAGAAACUGAGUCUGAGGGGGGCUGGCGGUAGGCCUAUACCCCGACCUCUGCUCCCUCCGUGGGUACCAUUGAGUCCUGGACCCGGGCCGCGGCAGAUCCGGGUUCGAGGCGGGCUGAAACCGAACCCUAAUGUCUUUGUGCGCUGCAGCCGCGCUGUGCGGUAAUCGCCCGGGUCCUCAUCUGCUUCCAGUUACCCGUCGGAGCACGGCCGGGGUCACACUGUUACAAAUGUAUUGGAUGAAAGCAUAAUAAAUGGAUGUGGGGCUCGGUAUGUAUAGAAGUCUUUCUUUUAUGUUUCACAGUCCCAGCCGUCGUUUAAUUGAAGUUGUGUAAAACCUAAACCCUGGUGAAGUCGCAGUAAAAAGCCACGGCGUUUCACCAGUGAACUUGUUUAGGCAUGGAAUUGUUGCUGUAAAAUAUGUUACGUUUUAGGCAAAGAUAUGUAAAAUCGUUAUAUUGUGAGUAGGCUGUCAACUUAAGUUAAGAGUCAGAAGGUCUACCUCUGAGAUAUGAUAACACAAAUAAUAGUAACUUGAAGCCACUUACCAUUGUAGUCAUGGACGGCUUUAGUUUGGAAUAAACAUGUUUAUAUGGAAAUGUUUGGUGUAUUUAAAAUUAAAAUAUACAUUUACCGUUCAAAAA